GAGACAUGAACAAAGAACAUACCAUGAAUUAAUAACAGAACCAGUUUUAUUCACACCCGAAUAUAAUCGAGUUAUUAACCAUUCUGAGUUACCAGUUGUAAAAGAUGAGUUAUCGAUUACGUUAAAAAUAAAUCUUUUGAGCCACGCACCUCCUAGUUCAUCUAGUUCAUGGCGCACUGUUUUUUAUAAAGCUAUAGUGGAUUCCAGUCAUACACCUGCAUUAUGGCUAUCAUCGUUUAACUCAAUGCCAGCUCCACGUUUCACGGUUAAUGGUGUUAUUGAUGGUGGAGUUAAUUUUUACGGCUAUGAAUUCCUACUUAACCGAUGGUAUCAUAUAGCAUACACGCUUUCAGACUCCGAAAAACGAAUGAAUUUCUAUAUAGAUAGUAAAUGGAUAGGAUCUUACAAUAUCCAAGAUGUUCAAAAUCAAUCUUUCAUAUUCAAUUACGGACCAUUAUAUAUUGGAAAACAACCUAUUGUAAAUGAAGCUAAUGGAUUUAAUGGUCAUAUUAGCAAUUUUCGUUAUUAUAAUUUCCGACUAUCUCACGAUGAAGUAUUAAUGGACUAUUCGGGUGAAGAUCCAACGAAAAGUAUUGAUGAUAAAUGUCCAAAUAGAUUUUUUGAUGGUUUAAUUAUAGGACUCUUUCUUGGUAUUACAGUAUUAGCAG